GUCCAUGAUCCCUACCAGACGAUCCCAAGCCCUAUUUCGGUGGACGAUAACUAGGCGUUGUUGUUUUGCAAUAAGUAGUAGUCAAAGCUGCAAAGAGCAAGACAAUUCAGUGAAGAUCGUGCGGAGCGAUUCCCAUUACUGCUCAGUUUGGCGCGCCCCGAAGAUCAUCCUCGACGUUGAUUAAUCUAGACAGCCCAAGAAUGCCGCACGUUUAUUUAUCCAACCAGAAGGUCGAGCGUGGGCCUGCAACAAGAGCAGAGUUGCAGCGUGCCGCCCGAAACUGGAAGUUGGCACAGGAGGCACCAAUCUUACAAGCGAGUGCAGCGGAGCGCCGUGCGAAAUUGAAAGAGGCCAGGAUGAAAUUACGAGGUCAAGAAGUACAAGUAGUAGGAGAACAGGCAACAGAAGUGGGGGCAGGUGGGGACGCAGCACAAGCAGGAUCCUCUUCCUCAAGUGCAAGUACAAGUACAAAAUCCACCCACGACGUCGAGGACACAAGCAAACUACAUGAAAAUGCAAAUGGUACUGCACUGACCAACACCGAGCAAAACAUAGGUGUAGGUCUGACGGGAGCAGCAGCAGUGCCAGGAACGGAAGCCGCUCAAGCGCAGCAAGAGGACGUGACGAGCAACGUGGCUCAAGGGAGCCCGACCCAGACCGAACAUGACACAGCGAGUACACCGAGUGCGAUCGAAAACGACCCUGCUACCCCCACCUGGUCAGUCUUUUUUAAUUUUAUCUCAGUACAAGUACAACAACAACUCUAGUAAUAGUAUUAGCAUACGCUUUUCGUUUUGGGACUGGUUUUCAAAUUCAAUAAAUGUCAAGUACCAGCAGCAGGAAAAGGAAGUAGAUCAACCUGAAAAUAUAUGGAUUUCUUCGCAUUUCUGUUGAUUAAAGCCCACAAAAGACCUGGCCGUUUAUUGCGAGUGUACGCUCAACCACAACCUCAACCUGAAAAAUAUCAAACGAAAUGGAGGAACUACAGGAGGAAGACGUCUGCGGUACUAGUACCGAUGAGCAGCAGCAGCGAGGACGAACAGGAAGAAGAAGCGGACGACCACUCGAGUACUCGCACGCCUUCGCAGGAGUUCGGAGAAGGAGCACAAGGGCAUCAACCGGCAUCCGGGAAGAAGGAUAAGAUGAACGAAUCUUCGAUUGCAUCAGAAUCGACUAGCCCGACCUUGAUUCUUCCCGGAAAUGCUGGCACUGGCAGUGAUGUUGAGCAUGAAGGUCGUGCACAAGUUGUACAACUCUACGAGGAGAACAGCGCUCACGAGCAAGUGGAAGACGAACAAGUUGUGCUGCAGGAAAAGCAACUCUGCGAGAAGAACAGCGCUCACCACGAGCAAGUGGAACUACACGAACAGGUUGUGGAGGACGACAACGUAAAAAUCAACGAUAGCAAGAAGAAGAACACCUCCAUUAAUACCAGCGAGCAAAAGCACGAAGACUGUGUGGAGAUCAUGUUGAAGCCUGACUUGUGCCACGACGAGGACAACAUCUUCAUCGGGCACCAGCUCAAGGAUGAUCAUCACGGGAUGAAGUACGACGCAGUGGAUGAUGACCAUGACGAGAAGCUGCAGCUUCUGGUGGAGAAGUUCUUCGUUGUCAAGGCGAACAAACUAGUAGCGUCCGUGUUUUUCGUAUGGCGAAAGCACAAGAAUAUUUCCCGACGCCGCCGUGCCGAAGCUCUCUCGUUCGGCUCCUUGGCUCCUGCCCUCGCGGUGCAACAAGCGAUCCCAGGUUUUCAUCGGCUAGACUUUUGGGCACGGGUGGACCAGUUGAACAUCCGGCUUGAUCAAGGUUUCGAUUUUACUUGCGACGAUCAUGAAAUCGUAAGGUUCAACAAACAACAAGAACGUUGUAGUGCUCGCGACGAGAAGGAAAAUAAUACUAGUCCGCUCGGUACUUCUAUUGGCGACGAAGCAGCAGGACAAGGACAGGUAGGCCCCGAGGAGGACGUCGUAGUUGACCAGAUGAAGGCUACUUCUAUUUUGUUGAGCCAUGUUGAUGAGGAUGAGGACCGCGACAGAGCGGCUGAGCUGGGUGAUGAGGCUGAGCGGUGUGUUGAGACCACCGACCACGAGCAAAACGUCGAAACGAACGAAACCACUGAAGACCACGAGCAACAAAGCGUUGAAAACUGCUCAACAGAGAAGCACCUCCGUCUGGACCGUGACUGGUCGUGGAUGAAUUCCAAUUCUACUUCGGAACAAAACGAAACAGAAAUUUCGACGAAAGACGCAUGCGGAAAAAUCGCGGAGGACGACGGUUCGCGGGUGAAUGUCGACGCGCUGAAAGCAUUUCGCAGACAGGCAAUGCAGGACACAGCAGCUGCGCGAUCGCGGAAAAAAACAUCUUCGAGCCGACACUAUGCAUUGCAAAAGUAUCGUACUAGUAUAAAUCGCAUGACAAGUUUGCUCAGCAUGAGAAAUGAAAUUUGUCAUGCUGUUUUGCCUUGUUGGAAAGGAGAUUUGUAAUGCAUGACUGCAAUUACUACGAGUGCGAUACUUUUGCACAGGACCAACACAGCAGCUACAAACCGCCGGUCUUUCGCUAUCCGAGCGUAGAUGCCGAGUCCGUCAGGCGAAACCAUGCUGAGUCGUGGGAUGGCGCUACCCGGUUGACUUAUAGAUUUUUGACUAAUAUUCUGAAGAAGAAGAGCAGGAUGAGGAUGAGGACGAAUGACAGCAGGUAAAGAAAAGUGAUAGCUGUGUACUAGUAGUCGCUUUUCAAUAUGGUCAUGACGUCGAACACUUUUUCGUCUUUCACCGGACGAGAAGAUCAAGGGAGACAACAUUGACUGCUCUCACACUGGUGCUGCAUCAUGCAACAAGACCCGAUUUAUUUUUGCUGCUUAUUCUAAGUACUGUACCACGACUUCGAAGAACCAACUUUGGAACGGCUCUUUGCUUGCCUAGCGUGCUUUG